AUGAAUUCUCAAGAGCUACAAAGAAUAAGAUCAAUUGUACAACAAAAGAGAAGAAAAUAUGAAAGAACUGAAAGAACUAAAAGAAUUAUUACAUUAACAAAAUCUUCAAGUAAAAACCCUAAAUUUGGAAAAUGCUACUACAAUGGGAAAGUUAUUUUUCCUUUGCUUCAUCAACCUCCAUUUCUUCUAAAGCAACUCUUUGAAUCUGAAACUAAUGAUGCUAAAGAAUUUUGUCAAAAUAUUCGUCAAUAUAAUGCUACAUAUGUAUUUACAUCAUUAGGUGCUCUUUUACCUGAAGAAAAUAUUGAACCAGUAUAUGCACAGCUGUAUAUCUAUGAUUCUGAUAUUGCUUAUCAGAUGCGAAUAGGACAUAAUACAAAUUUAUUACCACAAACAAUGCAAAACAUACAAACUGUUUUACAAAAUAAUUACCUGUUAAAUACAGAUUUAUCAGUUUAUCUUCAUUACAAUAGUGUAAAUGAUAAAUAUCAUUAUAAUCUUCUGUUAACAAAUAAAAUAGCUGUUAUUUUACUAGAUGAUAGGUCUUUGCCAGAAGCAAUACAUGAUAUUGUUAUUCGAUUACAAGAAUUAUGUCAGUUAUUAUUGGAUGCUAAAGGGCAACUAUAUAAUAAUCAAAACAAUACCCCUCACCUUACACAAAUAGAUUUUUUUCCUUUCGCUGUAACAGAACAAAAUAAAUUAAGAUAUUUACGCAUGAACCAAAAUAUACUUUGUGCUGAUGUUUACCAAGGACUUACAGAUAUAGCAAGUGAAAUUGUUAAUAGUGAAAUUGAUCUUAAUAACCUUGGACGUUGA